UUGGUAACGAAGAUGACACACAUUGGCGUCGGAACCAAGUUCAUUGCCUUAACAAGUUUGCAAAAUUUCAUUGGUUGACGACGUGUCAUUAACUAUAAGUUGUUAAGGCGAUGUCUUGUUUUCAAGGGCGAACUUCUCCUGUAUAGUCCGUACACUUGUGUGGGUCAACUUAUUUUGCCCUUGUACAAAGUACCUGAUGAUUUGGGAUUGGCUUUGAAUUCAAGCUGUUUGUUAGUUUCAUCAAUCUGCAUAUUUGAUCAACUAAUCCAAAAGGGAUUGAAUUUACUGUAAUGGGUCGUUCAGAGGCUGAGAAAAUCCAAGAAAAACUAAACCCAGAUUGGGAAAAAGCAUUCAAUCAGUAUGAAAAUGUAAUAUCUUCUGGAACUGAGGCUAUGAGAAUAAAAGCCACGGUAAAGCUAGCCCAUUUCUGUAAAUAUGCCCCACAAAGUAUAUUAGCUCGUACCAUACCUAUCCUAGCUGAAAUUCUUAGCAAAGUGCCUUCUAAUAAUUCAAGUCAGCCUAUCCAGGAAGCUGCUGUAUAUUGCUUAAAAUGUAUUGCUUGUAGAGGCGAUGGUGGGUUGGUAAUAGAGAUAGGCCAAUCCGGUGCUAUAGUGUCUAUUCUAAGGUUAUUGCCACAUUCUGAUAAUGGUUUUGAGAGGGUCAUGAUAAAGUGUUUGUGGGUUCUUGUCAAUUUCGGAAAAAUAAAUCGUGAGAUUGUAGCUAGAAAUGGACUUGAAGUUAUCAUAAAUAUGCUAAAUUUGCGCACGAAUGGUACUAGGAAGUACUUGUUAGAGAUUCUGAGUGCAUUGACAUUGUUGAGAGAGGUUAGGAGAGUACUUACAAGUUUAGGAGGCAUUUGCUUUCUUGUUGAGGCGGCUAGGUGUGGUAGCAUGGUAUCUAGGGAAAGAGCUUGUCAAGAAAUUGGGUUGCUUGGAGUUACAAGACGUGUGAGGCGUAUGCUUGUUGAAUUGGGUGUGAUACCAGUGCUUGUUGAGUUGUUCCGAGAUGGGGAUAGUACAACAAAACUUGUAGCGGGUAAUUCUCUUGGUGUGAUCUCUGCUCACAUUGAUUACAUUAGACCUGUUGCUCAAGCUGGGGCAAUACCAUUAUAUGCUGAACUUCUUCAGGGACCUGACCCUAUCGGUAAGGAAAUUGCAGAGGAUGCGUUUUGUAUAUUAGCUGUUGCGGAAAUGAAUGCAGUUGAGAUUGCUGAGCGCUUGUUAGGGAUUCUUAAAGAAGGUGAUGAUGCAGCAAAAGCUGCAGCUGCUGAUGUUUUGUGGGAUCUCUCAGGUUACAAGCACUCUGUAUCUGUUGUGCAAAACUCAGGUGCAAUUCCACUUCUAGUUGAGCUUCUGAGAGACGGGAAUAGUGAAGUUAGGGAAAAGGUGUCUGGGGCUAUUGCCCAGUUGAGUUAUGAUGAGGAAGAUCGGGUGGCACUUGCAAAUGCAGGGAUAAUCCCACUUCUGAUUGAAUUGUUACAUGACGACUCUGUGGAACUGAGGGAUAAUGCUGCAGAGGCUCUUAUCAGUUUCUCUGAAGAUCCAUUGCACUGUGAUAGAAUAUCUGAAGCAAUCGAUUUUCCUUCUUUCCAGAAUACGCACAAUAGAUUAACUCGGAAUCAUGCUUCUGAUGAGAAUAUGGUUAGAUCUUUGAGGCGGAUGAGCAUUGAACAGCUUACUUGGAACCCAGAUCUUGUCUAAUUGUUGAAAUGCAGCUACUUCUGCCAAGUAGGAAAAUAACUAUGAGGCCUGUAGACCAAUAAGGCAAUAACCUUAUUUACAUUUUGAAUUCUUAAUAAGAUUAAAAAUUAAGUGUGUGUUGUGUGUGGUAAGUUAUACUCGCACUUAUCACCUCACCCUCCAUUUCACUAUGUAUGAGGAAGUGCCAUUUGAGCUACAACACAGUUAGAAGUGGAAUUGAAUUGGAAGACCAAGGUGGUGUAAGCAAGGUGGGAGACCCACAUAGACAGCUCCAAAUCUAUUUCAAGUAGGGCAAGCUACUCAAGGGAACAACACAACUGACUGAAAGAGCUAGCAAUACAUUACAGAAGAGAGGCAGCACAGCAUGUACAUAUCUAAGCUGACAACAACCUCAAUAGCCAUGUCAAUUUGAAAUUUUAAGGCCAUUUUGACUUAUAUAAAGAAGAAAAAGAAAAGUAAACUAUGGUCGCUGUGAUAUUUUUCAGUACAUGGAAGCCAGAAUAUUCUUGUAAAUUGCUUAUUGUAUGAUUGUAUUGUGUCAUAAAUGAACACAAAGAAUGCUAUAAAAUUCACAUGCUGAGCAUCUUUGGAAUUUCAA